UAAGGUGACGGACCUUUUGACUUGCACGAGAUUCCUCAUUUUGAUGAUAGAUGUAAGGUCAGUUGCCAGUAUCUGAAGUCUCUAGUCAACAGCCAAACGGUUCUCAUCAAACCAUGGCAGACUUCGAUCUCAACUCGGCCUUCAUCCCGGCCCUACACAAGCCAUCGGCCCUCCUCCCCAUCGCAAAGCAUCGUGAGGCCUUGCUGUACCUCAUCGAGACCAAGCAAGUCACCAUCGUUGUCGGCCAGACCGGCUCCGGCAAGACCACGCAGAUCCCCCAGUUCCUCGAAGCCGCGGGAUGGUGCGCAGACGGCAAAGUCAUCGGCAUCACGCAGCCGCGCCGCGUGGCGGCGACAACGGUCGCACUCCGCGUCGCUGAGGAGGUUGGCUGUGAGAUUGGCCAGCAAGUCGGCUACGCUAUCCGGUUCGAGGACCUUACUUCGGCGCAGACGCGCAUCAAGUUCAUGACGGACGGUCUGCUUAUCCGGGAGGCACUUGUUGACCCCUUGUUGACACGGUACUCUGUUAUCAUGGUUGAUGAAGCCCAUGAGCGCUCCAUCAGCACCGAUAUCCUCCUGGGACUGCUCAAGAAGAUUCUCAAGAAAAGACCCGAGUUGCGCAUCAUCAUCAGUAGUGCAACGCUCCAGGCCGAGGAGUUUUUGAAAUUCUUUACAACUUCUCCAGGAGACGAGCAGAAGAAGACGGUCAACGCCCCCGAGAACAAGGAUGGAAAUCACGGUGCCGACGACGACGACGACAAAAAGGGUGCGAUCAUUAGCUUGGAGGGCAGAACACAUCACGUCGACGUCCUCUACCUAGAAUCACCAACCGAGGACUACGUCGAAAAGGCAAUCUCCACCGUCUUCGACAUACACACAACAGAGUCCGAAGGCGACAUACUCGUCUUCCUCACAGGCCGCGAAGAAAUCGACAACGCCAUCCAGGCCGUCGCCGACCGCCUGCUGGACCCGAACCAACCCAAGGGCCAGCAAACACUACAAGCGCUGCCCCUGUACGCGGGCCUCUCAACAGAACAACAAAUGUACGUCUUUGACAAGCCUCCCGAGGGCACGCGGAAAGUCGUCUUCGCGACCAACAUCGCCGAGGCCUCCAUCACAAUCGACGGCAUCGUCUACGUACUCGACUCGGGCUUCGCCAAGCUGCGCGCCUACAACCCGCGUACGGGCAUCGAAACCCUCACCUCGACCGCCAUCUCCAAGGCCUCGGCAUCUCAGCGUGCCGGCCGCGCAGGACGCACCCGGCCCGGCAAGUGCUUCCGGCUCUACACGGAAGACGCAUACCUCGCCCUCCCCGAGGUCACCGUCCCCGAGAUGCAGCGCUCCAACCUGGCGCCCUUUAUCCUGCAGCUCAAGGCCCUCGGCAUCGACAACGUCCUGCGCUUCAACUUCCUCAGCCCGCCGCCCGCGGAGCUCAUGGCCAAAGCCCUGGAGCUCCUCUACUCUUUGGGGGCCCUCGACGAGUACGCCAAGCUGACGAAGCCGCUGGGCUACCGCAUGGUCGAGCUGGCCGUCGAGCCAAUGAUGGCCAAGACGCUGCUCGGCGCGCAGUCGUUCGGGUGCCUGAGCGAGAUGCUCACCAUCGCGGCCAUGACGAGCGCCGGCGGGAACAACGUCUGGUUCCACCACGACGGCGAGAGGAAGCAGAUGGAGCUGUCGCGGCGCAAGUUCGCCGCCGACGAGGGCGACCACCUGACGCUGCUCAACGCCUACCAGGCCUUUGUGACAAAGGGCAAAAAGGAGUCCAAGUUCUGCCGGGACAACAACCUCAACUUCAAGACCAUGACGCGGGCCGUCAGCAUACGGGCGCAGUUGAAGCGGUACCUUGAAAAAUUCGGCAUCACCGUCGACAACGGACCCUCCGGCCCGGGCUCACGACAACAACAAAGUCAGCAAGACAACUCCACAAAGGCGGAGCAGAUGCGGCGGUGCCUGACGACGGGCUACUUUGCGCACGCGGCGAGGAUGCAGCCGGACGGCACGUUCCGCAACGUCUCGGGCGAGACGACGCUCCACGCGCACCCCAGCUCGCUCAUGUUCAACCGCAAGGCCGACUGGGUCAUUUUCCACGAGGUCAUGGAGACGGCCAACAAGAUCUUCAUACGGGACAUGACCAAAAUCGAAAAGACUUGGCUGGUGGAGUACGCGCCGGAAUUCUAUCAGCUAUCGGACAGUUCGGCGCGGCGGGCACGCGACGAGGCUGAAGCUGAAACGCGGUGAAGAGAGAAAAAAAAAAAGGAGGAAGUUGAGGAACAGCCUACGGA